AUGGCCCAUCUCAAUCAGGCCUUCCACGACGUAGACGACGAUGACAACGACGACAUUGUCGGCAGCUAUCUCCAAGACUCGCACUCGUUUCUCAACGCCUGGUCCCAAUCCAUGAACGCUCCCCAGGGCUCCGUAAACGACAAUUCUAAAGAUUCUCAAGCUUGGACCUCGCCACACGCUACUACCAGGCUUGGACUCGGCCAGCAAACUAGCAUGCACCGUGCCUCUCCAGAUACCAGCCAGCCCACCACUUCCCGAUCCAGAUCAAAUAGUAGGACUGCCGUAAUGGCAUCGCAGCAGCCGACGACGACGACAACGACGAACACAAGCACCGCAGGCACGGGCACGGGACCGACUCCCUUGACACGGACAGUCCGCAAGUCGAGCUCGAAUCGUAAACUCCAGCCAAAGACAUCAUUGUCGAAUCUUGUGAAUGCGGCAAAUGCCACUGUCAGUGCGGGUGGUGGGAAUGCUCCAGCUCCUGGUAGUGGUGCUGCAAGUCUGCCGGAUCCGUCCCUCUUUCCGGACCCCUAUCCAUCAGGCUUCAGCGCCGCAAACGCGAGCACCACACCACCCGUCUCCCUCUUUUCUGCUGGCUCGUCUUCGGCGCGUUCGUCUGCCUAUACAAGUGCAAGUCCGGCCUCUGCCCUUCGUUCAAGCGUCGCCUCGUCCGACUCGGCUCACAAUGCGCGACACGCUCAGCAAUAUUAUUCACAUCACUCGCAUAUGUCACCGCAGAGCAGCAGCAGAUUGAGUGCCGGCGAUGCGAUCCUCCCACACCCGCUCAAUCAUUCACAUCUCCUUGACCACCACCACGCCAUCUCCUCUUCUUCCGAGCAAACUGCGCUGAUUCAUCCAUUUGGCCUCUUGAACACGUCUGACAUGCUCUCACCAAGCCAAGUCGGAGUCGCGUCCACGGCAGAUGAAAUCGUUCAGCUCCGCGAUAUGGAUCAGCAACUCUCGUCGGCUGUCACCGCUCGUCCUGGUUUUUCGUCUGUGCCCGGCUCGCGUCCUGCAACCGAUUAUCUAGCCCACCACUCUGCCGACCCGCGCACCCGCUGGUCGUCUUCGAGCGCCGCAUCCGAGGCGUCAAAAUCUAGCUCUUGGGGCAACGAUCCCUCGCUUCGACAAUCUGUCGCUGGUCCCAGUGGUGGUGGUGGCAACCAGCGGUACGACUGGAAUCACCACGUCGACCAGCGUGAGCACGAAUACCCGACCGAUGACGAAGAAGGGGAUGCAGAUGGCCAUGAGGAAGACGAUAUGGACCGUACCGCCGCUGUCGUACUCGCCGAACAGGGUCACGGCGAAAUUGUUCAUGGAGAGGGAAAGGAUCUCUUUGAACUGAAUGUGCCGUCCAACACUACCCACCUUCUCUUGGGGGGUUGCGCGACACCCAAUCAGCUGCCGGGGUUCCUCGUCAAUAUCCUUCCCUCCAUUUCCCAAUCCCUUUUGGCACUCGAUAUUUCCGCAAACUUCUUGUCUUCGCUCCCGCCGGCGCUUGCAUUAUGUCGGAGUUUGGAGGAACUAAACGUCGGCCACAACCCUCUUCGUGCGCUCCCCACAUGGCUUGCCGUUCUCACCAAUCUACGCGUCUUGAUAGCCGACGGGAUUGGAAUCAGUACGCUGCCUCCCAGUCUGAGUGCCGCGGUUCAGUUGCAUACGCUGAGCAUGCGCAACAAUCGGAUGCAUUCGUUGCCCAGUUGGCUUUGUCUCUUACCACACCUCGAGGCGCUCUAUGUCGAGGGAAAUCCGUUUCAAGGACCUUGGAAGGCGCUCGUAGAGGGUCUCAUUCCUCGCCCUGUCGCUGGUCCUAUUACGCCCUCUGUAAAAUCGCUCUUUUACGCCCCAAAUACGCCUCAUACAGCAAAUUCGAUUGGAUCUACAGACGUAUCCGAGUAUCACGAAGAGGAACUCACGGCGCAGCCGAGGCCGACACAGGCAAAUGCCAAUCCAUGGACAAAGGGUCAUCGCUCGACAUCGUCAAGAGAUUUGAAUGUCCCCGUGUUUCCGUCUGGCUCAGCUAAUGCAGCGGGUGCCCGUUCGCGCGCAGUGACCCUGGGGGACAAAGAUGAUGCGCGACCUGCAACGGCGACCAGAGCCCGUCCUCAGAUGCACGACCCUCACUCACCACGUCCACACACCUCGUUUGGCACCCACGACAUGGCCGGAGCACGUACCCUCUCGCGUACCAAGACGGCACCGUCACGUAGGCCGAGCGCGUCCAAUUCGAUUUCGUCUCUCCUUCAACAGACGCCACCACCUAUGGGCGAUGACAGGCUUCAUCCUGAGACUAAUGGUGGUGGUGGUCGCAGCCCUGCUGGUUCGUUCAAUCUCGGCAGAGCCAAUUCCGCAGUCCGCUCGACGGAGGCGCUCGCAUUACAGACGGAGCGGUCGUCUGGGCCCGUGGAUGCAGAAGCCGAAGCAUUGGAAAGAGGCAUGUCGCCUAAUACGAUGCGAAGAAUGAAGAGUACGGGAGAUAUGAGGACUGGUGUGAACGCGGCGUCGCCUGCCAAUCGAAGCGAACAAUCAAUAUCGGGCGAGUUUGGGGAUUCAAAUUCGUCGGGUUUGGGCAAAUUCAUGUCGGUUGGUGCACGUGGGCCGAUGAAGGAAGAGUACCGGGCGCUCACUGCGACCAUGUUUGAAACGCCAUCCACCUCUUACACGCCGCAGGCAACCAUUCGCGCUGCCAAAGAACGGGAAAAAGAAAAAGACAAGGAUAGGAACAAGUGGGGGUUCCUCAAAAAGAUGAGCAAGACCCGACUUCGCUCGGGAUCAGUGGCAAACGAAGACGAUGCAAAGGCGAGUGGCGUUGGACCACCGACACACACGAUUGGUCCCCCACGAACGAUGGGUGGGAUGGGCGGACCCUCGGAGACGUUGCCCCUUAUGCCCCAUUCCUCUGCUGGGAACACGACACCUGGCGCCCCCUCGGCGCCGUUUAUGACGGCUUCGCAAGUCGGAUUCCGGUCUUCGACUAGCCUCAAUCAGACCUCUCCUCCACGAAGGUUCAUUCGUCCAUCUCUAGUCCACUCCAGCUCAUGGGUCCGCCUCCAGCUUCCAAGUCGAGUGGUCGGCCCUCGACGGCGUCGGGUGCUCGCUCCACCCCCUGUCAGUCCGAUAAAUCCCAAAAAGACCAAGCGCCGUUCGUUUUUACCGAUUGGCGGGCCUGCACCCAUCAGUAUUCCGCCGACGCAUAAUGGUUCUAUUGUUCUCGCAAGUAGCGAUCCUACACAGGAAUCAUUUGGUCUCGAAUCACCUGGAUACCCUGCUUCGCCCUUGAGCCUGACAGUGGAAAGCGAAGAAAAGCAACGAGAGCAACACCAGAGAGCGCUCAAGUCUGUCAUGGGCUAUCUCAGAGACAUGUGUGAUCUGAGUGCGGGUACGAGCUCUGGAGCGGCGGCUGUUGCGGCUGCAGCCGCGGCUGCUCAAGCUCAAGUCAAUUCGAACCCCAAUUUUGCUCAGCAGCAUUCCGAAUCGACACCAGGUUCGCGAGGUCCUGGAAGUCGAUCAGUGUCUAGGCGUCCGACGCUCUCUUCCACAGACGCUGCGCGGACGCUGUCCGAGUUUUCAAAUGCGGCGUCUUCGACGGCAUUCUCUGGUUCGAGUUCUCCGCCUAUGGCGCAGAGCGGUGGCUCGUCGAGCAACCCGUCUAGCAUGUUUAUCAGUGGUGGGAUGCCCUCGUUUGGGCAAUAUGCCGACAUGUCCUCUGGAUCUGCACUCAGCCCCGAUGGUCCCAUGGAAUCGGAUGCUGCCACCAUUGUCGACUCGAUGCAAAUGCAACCUCAAACUGAAGAGAAAAAGGUGAAAGAUGACAAGGUCAAACGUGCAAUGAUUGUCAAGGAGAUUGUCUCGACGGAGCGAACGUAUGUCAAAUUGCUCAAUGAGCUGGUCGACAUUUAUGUCACGCCUGCUGCUGCGCCUGUUCUCGGCAUCACCAACGUGGCGUCAAAGGAAACAGUUGUCCCGCUCGUCGAACGCAAGAUUGUGUUCAACGGCUUGGACUCGUUGCUCGCGUUCCAUCGCGAAAACUUUCUCCCUGCGCUGGAGCAGGCCUGUCAGACGUUGGACAACUCCGACGACGCAGACGGAUCCGCUUCUGCAAAGGCGGCUAUCGAUGUCGCCAAGGUCUUUGUGUCGCAUGCGGCGUUUAUGAGGAUGUAUUCGACCUAUAUCAACAACUUUGACAAUGCGCUGAGACGAACGAAACAAUGGACGGAUAAGAAUAUUGGCGCGGCUCUUGUUGGCUCUGCGGCUCCGAGUGCACAUAUUGGCGGAAAUGCGGCUGCAAAGGAGACAGUUUCACAGAUUAACCUCACGCCUGCGCAACGCAAGAGGAUCAAGCAAUACCUGAAGCGAUGCCGAGCUCACCCGCGACACUCGCAGAUGAACAUGGAGAGUUAUCUCCUGCUUCCUGUUCAGCGUAUUCCGCGUUAUCGACUGCUGUUUGAGGAGCUCGUGCGUGCGACGCCACCAAAUUCAGAAUUAUCCGAGAGUAUGCUCCAAAAGGCAUUGGACGAGAUUACGGUGCUUGCAUCAAACAUGAACGAGGGCAAGCGCGAAGCCGAAUCCCGCCGCAAGCUGGUUCAUUGGCAAGGUCGGAUUCGUGGAAAGUUUCCCAGUCCGCUCGUGCAACCACACCUGCGCAAGAUUGCGAGCUAUUUCGAAGUCGUGGGUGCUCAGGGUGAAAAGACGCUCGUUUCUGUCGAGUGUCUGGCACCCGAGGUAACGCCACGAUCGUUGACGGCGAUUUUGUGCAACGACUUGUUGGUGCUCUGCAAGGAUCCAAGUGGAGGCAAGGAUCCAAACGGACCGGUCGAUCUCUGGGCGGUGCUGCGCAUGCAAACCGUCUCGACGCCUGCCAGUAUUGUGCACAAUAGCGCGCUUCGCCUCGUUGACAACAAGGCGAUUUUGUACUUUGACCUCCCAUCUCAAGUGGAUGCCAUGACCUGGUCGCGAGCGAUCAAUAUGCAUAUCCCCACAUCCACCAAAUAG